AUGGAGUACACACGCCUAGGCACCUCGGGUCUUAAGAUCUCCAAGGUGAUUCUUGGGGGCAUGUCCAUUGGCACGCCGGAAUGGCGAGAGUGGGUGGUCGGAGAGGACGCCGCCCUCCCCCUUCUCAAGCACGCCUACGACGUAGGCCUUAACACCUGGGACACGGCGGACGUAUACUCCAACGGCCUAUCCGAGGAAAUUAUCGGCAAGGCACUCAAAAAGUACAAUAUCCCGCGUAAUAAGGUGGUUAUUCUCAGCAAGUGUUAUUUUGGCGUCGCCGAGGAUGGCUCACAGCCAUAUGUUCUAUCGACUAAUGAUGGCGGCUGGACGAAUCAAGUUGGCCUAUCCAGAAAGCAUAUUCUAGAUGCCGUUGAUAAGAGUGUGGAGAGAUUGGGCACGUAUAUCGAUGUUUUGCAGAUUCAUCGACUGGAUCGAGAAACACCGAGGGAGGAGAUCAUGAGGGCUUUGAAUGAUGUGGUAGAGAGUGGAAAGGUUAGGUAUAUUGGUGCUAGUAGUAUGGCUGCCUGGGAGUUCCAGACUCUGCAAAACAUCGCAGAUAAGCACGGCUGGCACAAGUUCAUCUCCAUGCAAAAUUACCACAAUCUCAUAUACCGUGAGGAAGAGCGUGAGAUGAUCCCGUACUGUCAAGACACCGGCGUCGGACUCAUUCCCUGGUCGCCCAUUGCCCGUGGUGCCCUUGCGAGACCAUACUCGGACCGGUCGACCCUUCGUGAAAAGACCGAUCACUACCUCACUGAAGCGAUUCGGUCCACCGAGACAGAGACCGACAAGCUUAUCAUCAACCGAGUUGAAGAAAUCGCCAAGAAGUAUGAUGUCUCUAUGACGACUAUUGCAACUGCAUGGAGUUUAAGCAAGAAUGUCAAUCCCAUCGUUGGACUGAGUAGCACUGAGAGGGUUGAUCAGGUUGUGGAAAGCGUGAAAUUUGCAAGUUCAGGAAAGUUGACGCAAGAGGAUAUCACGUACUUGGAAGAAGGUUAUGCACCGAAGCGUACACAGGGGUAUUAA